GCGGCCGUUGCCGGGAUGUGGCGUUGGCGGCGCGUGGGGCAGGAGCUGCAGCGGCCCCUCCGCGAGCGGCUCCUGCUGCCGCCCGGCUGGGGGCCACGCGCUGGGGCCGCCGCCGCCGCCGCCGCCUCCCUGCCCAGCGCGAGCCCGGGCGGUUUGUACGAGGCGCUGGCCGAGUCGGCCCCAGUGCACUGGGCGGAGAGCGGGCUGGUGGCGCUGCAGGCGGGCACCGGCCUGCCCUGGUGGCUCAGCAUCGUGUGCGCCGGCGCCGUCCUGCGCACCGGCCUCACCCUGCCGCUGGCCGCGCACCAGGGCCACGUCCUGGCCAAGCUGGAAAAUUUGCAGCCUGAAAUAGAAAACCUAGCUAAGCAUCUUCGCUAUGAAGUUUCAAUUCGUGGGAAGCAACUGGGCUGGUCUGAAAAAGUUGCUAGGUUCCAUUUCAGGAAGAAUCUGGGAAGGAUUGUUUCAGAGUUGUAUGUUCGAGACAACUGCCACCCCUUCAAGGCUAGUCUGUUGAUGUGGAUACAGAUUCCAGUGUGGGUGUUUGUUUCCAUAGCUUUGCGUAACUGCAGUGUAGGUGCAGCAGACUCAGAAGUCCUUGCAGUUCAGGAACAGCUGUCGACAGGUGGAACCCUGUGGUUUACAGACCUUACUGUACCAGAUAGUACAUGGAUUUUGCCAGUCUCACUUGGGCUCUUCAAUUUGCUGAUAGUGGAGAUCUUUGCUCUGCGAAAAUUUGAACUGUCCAGGUUCCAGAAGUACGCUACCAACUUCAUUCGAGGACUGUCAGUACUGAUGGUUCCUAUUGCUGCAACUGUACCUUCAUCCAUGGCUUUGUACUGGUUAUCCUCCAGCUUCAUGGGACUCUCACACAACCUGCUACUGCGCUCUCCAACUUUUCGUCGACUGUGCCGCAUACCAAGGACCAAGUCUGACUCAGACACUCCUUAUAGGGACAUAGUCUUGGCCUUUUAUACUAAGUACUUUUUAAAAAAGUGAUUGCAUUCAGUGGAAGAACUACCCUAUACAGGCAACUUGAGUAAUUCAGAAGUCAUAUUGUAUUGAAAUGUACCUAUUUAAUAUGGGGCAAAUCUAUGCCAGCAUGCUGCAUCAGCGCACCUGGUGAAGAAACGCUAUGCUGACGGGAGGGCGUCUCCCACCAACGUAGCGCAGUGUGGACUUUAAGUCAAUGUCACUUUCGUCACUCGGGUGUGAAAAAUCCACCUCCUGAGCAACAUAAGUUACAUCAGCUGAAGCAGUAGUGUAUCCAAACCCUGAGUGUCUCCUUGAAACAGAAUGUGAAAGGCUGUCAUUGGAACUGUGUUUUUCCUAAUAAAACAGUGGCUGUCUCUGACAAGAA